AAGACAUUAAGAAACACUCACAUUUCAGAGAGAACUAAUAGGAAGAACAAGAAAGAACAAGGUCGAUGGAGCCCAUUCCUCUCAUGACUCCCUACCAAAUGGGUCCAUUCGACCUUUCCCACAGGGUCGUGUUGGCGCCCAUGACGAGGUCGAGAUCGUACGGCAACCUCCCGCAGCCGCACGCUGUGAAGUACUACGCGCAGAGGGCCACGGAGGGUGGGCUCCUCAUCUCGGAGGCCACGGGCGUGUCGGCCGACGCUCAGGGGAUGAGCGCCAUCCCGCACACCCCGGGGAUCUGGACCAAGGAGCAGGUCCAGGCAUGGAAGCCCAUCGUGGACGCCGUGCACGCCAAGGGCGCCACUUUCUUCUGCCAGAUUUGGCACGUCGGGCGAGCAUCCGACAUGCAGCAACAACCCAUUUCCAGCACAGAUAAGCCGAUAGAGAGGAACCCCGAGAACUACUGCAUGGAUUUCUCCACCCCCAGGAGCCUAACCGAGGAAGAGAUUCCUGCUCUCAUAGAUCAGUUCAGAAUUGCUGCCCGGAAUGCUCUUGAAGCCGGGUUCGACGGGGUGGAGCUGCACGCCGCGAACGGCUACCUGAUGGACCAGUUCAUGAAAGACGGCGUCAACGACCGAGCCGACGGCUACGGGGGCAGCCUUGAGAACCGCUGCCGCCUCGCCCUCGAGACGGUGGACGUCCUGGUGGACCAGGUCGGGCCAUACAACGUCGGCGUGCGCCUCUCGCCCUACUCCGGCUGCCUCGGCUGCCGCGACUCGGACCCGGACGAGCUGGCCGUGUACAUGGCCCGGGAGCUGAACCGCCGAGACGUCCUGUACCUCAACGUGGUGGAGCCCGAGAUGACGUCCGAGGACGACGGCGGGGCGCUCGGGCUGGUCCCCCACAGGCUGCAGGCCAUGAGGGACACCUUCGACGGGACGCUCAUGGUCGGCGGAGGGUACGGCAGGGAGGAGGGGAACUCGGCCAUCGCCGAAGAGUACGCCGACCUGGUCGCCUACGGCCGCCUGUUCCUCGCGAACCCCGACCUGCCGGAGAGGUUCCGGCGGAACUCCCCUCUGAACAAGUACGACCGGGCGACGUUCUACACCGACGAUCCCAUCGUCGGGUACACAGACUACCCGUUUCUUGAGGAUGGCGGCCAGACGGUCCAAGUGGUCGAGGGGAAUGGCGUGAUAUACUAGCAAGGAUGCAUGCAUGCAUGCAUAUAAUACCUAAGGAACUAUGUUGCCAUUCCACCAGUGUGGCUUCUUUUACUUCUGGCACUGUCGUACUAUCAAGAGAACAAUUACUGUACUCAAUAAAAACAACACCAGGUGGCAUGCUUUUCGAUGA